GUUUUGUAACGCAGCCGACGCGCUGGUUACCAAACACAAGUUAUUCGGUAAACACUGAAGGCUACACAACGAGCGGAAUUGUAGCUUUAGUAAGACACAGUUAAGGCAUGGCUCACACAUGUGUCCACUGGUUCCGCAAGGGACUCAGGCUGCAUGACAACCCAGCACUGAUGGCUGCUCUGAGGGACUGUAAGGAGCUCUACCCAGUCUUCAUCCUGGACCCACACCUCCAUAACAACUCCUGUGUGGGUAUCAACCGCUGGAGGUUCCUCAUCGGAGCCCUUAAAGACCUGGACUGCAGCCUCAGGAAACUCAACUCCAGGCUCUUUGUCGUGAGAGGGAAGCCGGAGGAUGUGUUCCCCAAGCUGUUCAACGAAUGGAAGGUAACAAAGCUGACUUAUGAGUACGACACAGAGCCCUACAGUGUGAGUCGGGACAAAACGGUUACCGCGCUGGCCAAAGAACAUGGAGUCGAAGUCAUCUACAAAAUCUCACACACUCUUUACGAUAUAGACAGGAUAAUUGAGGACAACAAUGGGAAGGCUCCCCUGACUUAUAACCGAAUGCAGGCAAUAGUGAAGACUCUUGGCCCCCCUAAGAGACCGAUCCCUGCUCCCACCAUGGAAGAUAUGAAAGAUGUGAAGACCCCUAUUUCAGAAAACCAUGAGAAGAAAUACGGGAUCCCUACGCUGGAGGAGCUCGGCCGGGACACUGCGGCUCUUGUAGAGGAGCAGUUCCCGGGAGGAGAGCAGGAGGCUCUGAGGAGACUGGAUGAGCAUAUGAAAAGAACGGCAUGGGUGUGUAGCUUUGAGAAGCCGCAGACUUCUCCAAACUCUCUGAGCCCCAGCACCACUGUUCUCAGUCCAUAUGUCACUUUUGGCUGCUUGUCUGCACGCACCUUCUGGUGGAGGUUGACAGACGUCUAUCGGGGGAAGAAGCACUCAGAUCCCCCAGUUUCCCUGCAUGGCCAGCUGCUGUGGAGGGAGUUCUUCUACACAGCCAGUGUGGGGAUCCCGCACUUUAACAAGAUGGAGGGCAACUCUGUUUGUACCCAGGUGGAUUGGGACACAAACCCUGAAUACCUGGCUGCGUGGAGGGAGGCUCGGACUGGUUUCCCCUUCAUUGAUGCCAUCAUGACUCAGCUGAGGCAGGAGGGCUGGAUCCACCACCUGGCCAGACAUGCUGUCGCUUGUUUUCUCACCAGGGGAGACCUGUGGAUCAGCUGGGAAGAAGGACAGAAGGUGUUUGAGGAGCUUUUAUUGGACGGGGACUGGGCUCUGAACGCUGGAAACUGGCAGUGGCUAUCGGCAAGUGCCUUCUUCCACCAGUUCUUCAGAGUCUACUCUCCUGUUGCAUUUGGAAAGAAGACAGACAAACAUGGAGACUACAUCAAAAAGUACCUUCCUCUUCUGAAGAAGUUCCCAGCUGAGUAUAUCUAUGAGCCCUGGAAAGCUCCGCACAGUGUUCAGCAGGCAGCAGGAUGCAUUGUGGGUAAAGACUACCCGCAUCCUAUUGUACAGCAUGAAGUGAUCAGCAAGAAGAACAUCCAGAGGAUGAAGUUAGCUUAUGCCAAAAGAUCUGCAGACCCUGCAGCAUCACCCAGCAAAAAGCAAGGUGUAAAGCGCAAGACACCAUCCGUUGUUGAUAUGCUGAAUAAGAAAGAGAGAAAAAAGUAAUGUUGCACACUGGGCUGCAGGACUCAGACAUGCAGGCUGUCUACAAUAUCUUCCUACUUAUUGUUUACCAUUGUAUAUUUCAAGUACUUUUUUUAUUUUUCACUUUUUGUAUCUGUUUCAUUGUUUAGAAGUGAAUGUAAAUUAGAUUAGGUCAGUAUGCUUGAAGAAUGUUUCUUUCACGGGGAUUAAGUUAACAUUUCUAAAGUUAAUGGACUCAUUUUGUGUAAAGGCUUCAGUUUGUAUUCAGACACACUGUGUCUGCUUCUCAGGUUUUUGUUUUUUGUAACUGAAAUGGAAAACUGUUACGCCUUUGAAAUUCACUGUUAUUUUUUAUUCUUGGUGUUUGCAUCUAAUUCAAUUAAAACUGAUACCAAACAUG